AUGAGCCAUUUUGAGUUUUCUAUUCCCUUACAAAAAGAUGAGCUAUUGGAAUCUCACGCUGGACAGUAUCAUGUCGAAGAUAUUGUCCAACCACGGGUAUUAUUGUCCAAACUUCAAGAUGCUGCUCGAGCAUAUAACUCCGAUGGGGUUGAAUAUAUUCUUGACCACUUCGAUACGUAUUUUUCGAUUAUAGUUCACAGUACAAAAUUGGAGUGGAAUGUCAUAAAUAAAGGUUUUGACCAUGUAGUAAGAACUGUCAAGAAUCUUUGUGGCCAUCUGGAACUUAUCCUACAAGACCAAGAAAUAGAUGCAGAUCUGCGCGUAAAAAACUUGAAUCUCGUUAAAAUGACUAUGUAUUUAUUUACUCAAAUAAUGAAAACUAAAGAUGCUAAAUUAGCUGCAGAUAAUUCAACUAAGCUAACAUUGGGCAAGAAAGGAAAGAAGGCUAAUGAUGAUGAUGAAUUCUGUGGCUGGACCGAAGCUGACAAGCAAGCAGCACUUAUCUGCUUACACAUGCUCAUUCAACACCCUCUAUCACGUUUAUGGGAUCCACCUUUAGCAGAAGAUAAUUUUGUUUCAAUGAUUGCAGAACCAUGUUACAAAGCCUUAGAAGAACAGAUAAUUAAAACAAAAGUGGUACGAGAAACAGUGUUCCAAAUAUUAGGAGUUCUAAUUAAGAAAUAUAACCAUGGUACCUCUUGUCUCAUAAAACUAGUUCAGGUAUUACAAAUAGUUGAACACUCCGUGUUGCCUAUAUGUGCUGGAGUAGUGCAGUUAACCAGAGAUUUUGGGCUUGGUACUUUUGGACCUCAAAUGGUUCGUGAGAUCACAGAAGCCUUGGCUUCAACAGAGGAAGACAAUGGAGUUGUUGGAGCUGAACAAGGUUCUGCUAAGAACUGCGGAGCUUUUCUACUUGAACUUACUAAAGAGUUACCUAAAGAAAUGGUCAAUGCCAUUGCUACAAUACAACCCUACUUGGAAAGUGAUGAGUCAUACACCAUUCGCAUCAGUGUAUUAGGCAUGAUGUGUGAGGUACUAAGUGUUGAGUUAACGGGCGAAGGAUUGUCAGAUGAGCAGCGCAUACAACGUGACGACUUUCUAGACGAUCUGUAUGAACACAUGCAUGAUCUUUCAGCAUAUGUGCGACAUAAGGUUCUUCAAUUUUGGUGUAGGCUACAAAGAGAAAACUGUGUACCAGUGACUCGACAGCGCGGUGUUCUCGAACGUGCUAUUGGUCGUCUGCGGGACAAAGCGGCACUCGUUAGAAAAGCAGCUAUUCAACUUUUAAAAAUAUUUUUGGAAUGUAAUCCAUUCUCAGCACAAUUAAAACUAGAACUUCUUGAAGAGCAAUUGGAAAGUGAGCAAAAAAUUUUAGAAGACCUCCAAAAGAAGUUACACCCGGGUCCCGACCCUGCUCUUGUCAAAAAAUGGGAAGAAAUUGAAGAUGAGGUCAUUAGGACUAUAAACGAAAAAAUAGACAUAUUAACUCAAGAUGAACCGGAACUAUCUCAGGCUUCUAUUGAAAAUGUGUAUGCAGCAAUUCGUAAAAAAUUACGCGAAAAGGAUUUUUAUAAAGCAUAUUUAAUUGUUAAACAUGCUGAGAGACAGUAUCCUGAUGCAAAGUUGUUGAGAUGUGACAUGGAGAAAAGUGAUCAGAUCGAGUACUUUGUGGCACUAUUACGUAAUGUUUUUAUUACACCAGAAAGACGACAAUCAAUAUCUUUAACACAGCAAUGUGAAAAUGAACUUGCACUUUACAAAAGACUUGAAGAAAAGGAGAGUAUUGUAGCAUUUUUGCAAGAAUCAGUGCAUUUCAGUCGGAUGAUAUCAGAAGCAGUUCCUCUAAUUAAUUCACUUUUAAUGUCCAAGCAAGCAGGGGAUGUUAGCGAAGCUAUUGAUUUUUUUACUACAGCACAUCAUUUCAACAUAGAGUCCGCUAAAGAGGGAGUUGCCAAUAUGUUACUUCUCGUAUGGUCACCAGAUCAAGACAAGCGCGAGGCGGUGGAGCGUGCGUACCGCGAGAUGUACCUGGAGUGUCCGGGCCGGGCGGAGCGCGCGCGCGCGGCGCACGUGGCGCGCCAGCUGGCCGCGCUGGCCGCGCGCCUCGACCGCGGCGGCGCGCUCGCGCUCGAGCACCUCGUCGACAAGUGGCUCGCGCGAGCCGACAUCACGCCCGCCGUCAUACAGGUAUUUUGGGAAAUGUUCCUAAAAAAGAUUGACGGUACAACGGAUAUGGACAGCUACGCAGCUCUAUCAUUACUAGUCAUGAUAGCCAAAGCUAAACCGUCAGUGGCGCUCGCAAACCUAGAAAUUAUUCAGAGUCAUGGCCUAACCGGAGAUUACAACUCAAGGAGAUUAAGUGCUGAACUACUGAUUUCACUGUCAAAGAAGAAUACGAGAUAUCCUGCAGACCACGUUAUAUUCACAUCAUUGUUCGAUAGUCUAAUGGAGACCUUUUUGAAAUUCGACAAGUUUACAUCUUUCGCUGCAAAUUCUAUAGAUUUUAUUUAUGCAGUCUGUGACACACCUGAUGUUUUAUGCACAAAGAUCCUAGCUGAAAUGUACAAGAGUAUAGAGCAAACGAUGAUAAAGAAUACAGAUAACGAAGAAGAGGCCAGUCUUCCGACUGAACUGCUUAUUAGAUUUAUAUUCAUGCUGGGACAUAUUGCACUACAGCAACUUAUAUUUCUGGAUAUAAGCGUCUACAGUGAACUGAGGAGACGAAAUCAAGUCCGAGAAGAACGUAAAGCGGAAGAGAAACGGAAGAAGAAAAUCGGAGCAUUCGCAACUCCCAAGCGGCGCGGACGCGUCGACGACUUGCGCAGACAAACGCUCAUGAACGCGAGCAACGCCAGCGCCUCCUCACGAGGACAGCGUUCAGCCAGCGUCGCCUCCAACAAGGCAGCCUCGACAAACACGACCAUGACCGAGGAGGAAGCGGCGCUAGAGGGCGCGGCCGCAGACGACGCGGACGCGGAGUACGUGCGCGGCGUGUGCGAGCGGGACGUGGUGGGCGCGGGCACGGCGCUGGCGCGCUACCUGCCGCUGCUGCGCUGGCCGCUGGCGCACCCCGCGCGCGCGCCGGCCGCGCUGCAGGCGGCCGCGGCGCUCGCCUACACCAGAUAUAUGUUGGUGUCAAGCACAGUAUGCGAAGAAGGUCUCCAAUUAAUGGUAACAGUGCUAAAGAGGUCCAAAAAUGUUUCACUUCGAACAAAUCUAACAAUUGCAUUUGCUGACCUAACGUUACGAUUCCCUAAUUUGACGCAGCCGUGGACUCAUCAUAUUUACCACAUCCUCAGUGAUGAAGAACUAGAGGUACGUCAAUGCGCCGUGAAGAUGUUAUCUUUCCUUGUACUACACGAAAUGGUACGUGUAAAAGGUCAAAUAGCCGACAUGGCUUUGUGUUGUGCAGACAAGGAUCCGCGUGUUGCCACUAUGACGAAAUUAUUUUUCAAACAACUUGCUCAAAAAGGAAAUGCAUUAUAUAAUGUAAUGCCCGAUAUUAUAUCUAGAUUGAGCGACCCCGAAUUAAACGUUCCGGAAGAACAAUAUAGGAUUAUCAUGAAAUAUAUCACGUCACUUAUACAAAAAGACAGACAAAUGGAAGCAUUAGUGGAGAAACUGUGUCAAAGAUUCAAACUAUCGACAGACGAACGACAAUGGAGGGAUUUAGCUUAUUGCUUGUCUCUAUUUACUUAUAAUGAAAGGUCACUGCGAAAACUCAUAGAAAAUCUUGACUGUUACAAAGAUAAGUUACAUUGCCAUGGAGUAAUGGAAUCCUUUACAACUUUGAUGAAUAACACUUCCAAGAUGGCACGGAAUGAAAUAAAGAGUUUGGUAAACGAGUUGGGUGAUAAGAUAGAGGAGUGCUUCGCUGUGGGGGAUAAAGACGGGGAGGAUGGGGAUGAGGUGACCAGUGAAGGCGCCUACACACGUCAAGAAAUACCUCGAGCCACGCCUAGGAGGCGGCCCGCGCGGCGGAACAGACAACAGUCAUCCUCUAGCCCUGAUGAGAAUGAACCACCUAAUAAGGAUUUCACUCCGCAAUCCAUUAGAAAAUCUAGGAGGAAAGUUGCCCAGAGGAACAAAACAAUAAAUGAGUCAGAUGAGUCAGAAGAUGAAGAUAUUCAGAAAAAAGAAGUCUUCAAAAAGCCAAGUGUAAGAAAAGUAACUCGUAGGAAGAUUUAAUAUGUUAGGAAUAUUUUGUAAUAUAUUAGAUAAUUAUUUUA